AUUCCAGAUAUGAUACGAAAAGAAAAAAAUAUAUAUUUGACUAUAUAUUAAAAAUCACACAAUCUCUUCAGCUUCUUUGGUGUUGAAAAGCUUCCCUAAAUCUCUCUAACACGCUCCGUUACGUUUUCUCCUUUACAAAGCCAAAUUAGCCUAAAAAAGCUCUGAUAAAAAGGAUUUCGAUAAUUCUCUAACGAUUCAAGCGAUUUUAAUGAUGACUUGUGCGAGCGCCGAUACUUUAGACAAGGACAAGGAUAAUGAAAAGGACAAGGACAAGGACUCGGAGUCUUUCGUGGAGGUCGAUCCGACAGGUAGAUACGGUCGGUACGGCGAACUUCUCGGCUCAGGGGCCGUCAAGAAAGUCUACAGAGCCUUUGACCAAGAAGAAGGCAUUGAAGUGGCUUGGAACCAAGUUAAACUGAGAUGUUUUUCCGACGAUCCAGCCAUGACCGAGAGGCUUUACUCGGAGGUCAGGUUGCUUAAGAACCUCAAGAACAGUAACAUCAUCGCCCUGUAUAAGGUCUGGAAAGACGAGCGAAACAACACCUUGAACUUCAUCACCGAGAUCUGUACCUCCGGGAACCUGAGAGAGUACCGGAAGAAGCACAGACACGUCUCUAUGAGAGCUUUGAAGAAGUGGUCCAAACAGAUUCUCAAAGGCUUGGAUUAUCUCCACACCCACGAGCCUUGUAUCAUCCACAGAGACCUCAACUGCAGCAAUAUCUUCGUGAAUGGCAACAUCGGCCAAGUCAAGAUUGGAGAUUUGGGUUUAGCGGCUAUCGUUGGGAAGAACCAUUUAGCUCACUCGAUCCUUGGGACACCAGAGUUCAUGGCUCCUGAGCUAUACGAAGAGAACUACACGGAGAUGGUUGACAUAUACUCCUAUGGAAUGUGCGUUUUGGAGCUUGUAGCUCUUGAGAUUCCAUAUAGCGAAUGUGAUAGCGUCGCGAAAAUAUAUAAAAGGGUGAGCACUGGCCUCAAACCAGAAGCUCUGAACAAAGUUAGGGAUCCAGAAGCUAAGGCCUUUAUUGAAAAAUGCAUCGCGCAGCCGAGAGCUAGACCUUCUGCAGCUGAGCUCCUCUGUGACCCGUUCUUUGAUGGUAUACUAGAUGAUGAUGACGAAGACACCGGAAACAAUGACAAUGAUGGAGCUGGUCGUAUUGUUUCUUGAUGAUUGUAUACAAUGGAUGACCCCUUUGUUAAUUAUUGUCCUAUAGAUUGGGCUGUAUUUUUACAUUAUAUUUAAGCAUUCUCUCAUUUUAUUUCCUUUUCGACUUUUCUUUCUUUGUACAUAACUUUUGGUUUCGACAUGAAAAUUACGUAUACAGUUUCUCCUUGUU